UCUGUCUGCUCAUCCUCUAAAAGCUCUCAGCUUCCUUUAUUCUCUAAAAAGCUUUAAAAAAGGGAAAUUCCAUCUCAAACGGUAUAAAAGCUUUGGGGCAGAAAUGGUGGUAUCCAAGGUGAAGUAUGAGCAGUUGCGGCAGCAGAGGAUGGAAGAAAACAAGAAGAAACUGGAACAGCUUCAUCUUCCUCUGCUCUCUCAAGCCCUUCAAAAAGCUGCCUUGUCUCCCAAAACUUCUCCUGUUAUGAAGAAGGUCAAACCUCGAACAAUCCGAACAGAGCUUGUCCCCGUGAGAAGAUCAGGCCGUUUCACAAACAAGCCUGCUCCUCAAUACAAAGAAGUUGUCUUUUACGAGCGUGUGCAAUUGCCUAGAAGCACUGUUCAUCCAAAAAGGGAUUUGUCCAAUAGGGUUUACGCCUCUGAUGAAGCAAGGGCCUGGGCAAUUGAAAAAGCAGAGAAACUUGAAUCCACUCUGGAGAGUGGCUAUCCCACUUUGGUAAAACCGAUGCUCCAAUCCCAUGUAACUGGUGGCUUUUGGCUGGGCCUUCCAUCUCACUUUUCCAAGAGGCAUCUCCCCAAACGAGAUGACACUGUUACACUGGUAGAUGAACAAGGAGACAAGUGGCGAACAAUAUAUUUGGCCCGCAAAACAGGUCUUAGUGGUGGAUGGAAAAAAUUCUCAGUUGAUCAUGACUUGGUAGAUGGAGAUGCUUUGGUGUUCCAGUUAAUUCAGCCAACAGUUUUUAAGGUCCACAUUAUAAGGGAAAAUGGUUUUACAGAAGAAAAUUCACAUGAAGCCAUAUGCGAUUCCUAGGUCGUGUAGUUUUGCAAUAGUAGGCUCCGAAGUCCAAGGGCAUGGAUAUAUCCAAACGCAGAGAUCAGGAAUGGGAUAUUGCAGUGCCACAAAAAAAGCCUUGAUUGAUUGCCCAAAUUUUGUAAGAGCUCCAAAACUUAAAACAGUGGCAGUAAAUAUUUGUUGGACACUUUUGUAGAGAAAGAAGGAAUGAUAUUAAGGAUUUGAAUUUGGAGCAAUCCUCUUGCCAUGACAACGCAAUACUCCUCAGCUUAGGAUGAAUGAUUGAAUCAGGUUAUUAUUAUCUCUGUGGCUACCGAGUUUCAACAAGAUUCUUGGGACCAAAUAGCCACUAUAUAUGCUCCUUCUCUGAGUAUUUCAAAUUGGUAUCACUCCCUGGUUUAGAUCUACAUAUAUUCUAGAAGUGACAAAUCACAUAGCAAGCAAUGCCUGUCUCUGUCUGUCGUAUUUUACUGCCUUAGUAUAACGG